CGCAAGUCUACAUUCAUACACUGUCUACUUUUAACUUUUUAACCGGAGACCGGGCCGGAGUCUGCGCUAUGAGCUCAAAGUAAAAAUCGAAGUGAAGUAUUAUGAAUUGCUUGGUAUAGUUUUGAAUGUGAUAGUCCAUUGUAUUAAAUUAAAAAUCUAAUUAAUACAAAAUUAUUAUCUCGGUAUUCAAUUAUUAAUUAACAUGCUGUAUUGAUUAUUCAAUAUUUUUACUGCUGGAAUGAAAUAGUAAGAUAAAUCAUAAUUGAAAAAUGAAUUACGUGGUGAAAAUUUCAUCUCUCCUUUUAAUUUUCAUUGGCUUAUUUUUUGUAUCGACGCGAGCAGAACUAUACACUGCUAUAUCUGAUGUGGAACCGCUGUUAGACACCCACCUUAGGAUUAUUGAAGAAUUGGAAGAAUACAUUGAAAAGGAAGAGAAACGCAUAGAUGUUUUAAAAAGUCAUUUAAAAGUAUACCAAAUUGAACAUGAAAAGGCUAUGGAGGACAUUCCGAAUUAUUUGGGCAAUCCGAUAAAUGCAUUUACGCUGAUAAAGAGGUUGACUACGGAUUUAGAUUUUAUCGAAAAGAAAAUCGAAAUCGGAUCAGAAUAUGUAAAGAAUACAUCACUUAUAUCUGAUAACGAAUUUACUCCGUAUCCGUCGCUGGAGGAUCUCACGGGGGCUGCUCAAGCUCUCACUCGCUUGCAGGAGACCUACCACCUUGAUGUCAACGACCUUGCUGAGGGCAUAUUGAACGGUGUUAUAUAUAGAGACGAAAGUACACCAGUUUUUAACAAUCAAUCAAUCGCAAUAUUUACCUCAAUGAAAUCUGACGAUUGCUACGAGCUUGGCAGGGUGCUGUACAACGAGAAGGAUUAUAAAAACGCGCUCGCCUGGAUGAAGUUGGCUUUGGAAAAAUACCCCGAGGAUGAUGAACUAUACAACUUCACGGAUGUCGAUAUUUUGGAGUAUAUCAGCUUCUGUUACUACUUGUUGGGUGAUAUUAGAAAUGCAUUGAACUGGACAAGUAAGUUGCUGAAGCUGGACCCAAGUCACGAACGCGCUAAAGGGAACAUACCGCAUUAUCAAGACGCCCUUUUCAAAAGGCAAUCUGAUCACACUACGAAACUUCGCGGGGUCUCACCUGGAGAUACACAAGACACAGGACAGCCAACUGUAGAAACGAAGGAGGAAGAUGAAAAACCAAAGGAACCGACGAAAUAUGAAAAGGAGAGGAAAGUCUACGAGUCGCUUUGUCGCGGUGAAAUGGAGAUACCACGGGCAAUAUCCAAACGGCUGACAUGUCGCUACUUGACUGAAAAUCAUCCUUUCCUGAGACUGGCGCCGAUCAAAAUGGAGUACGUGUAUCUUGAUCCUGAUAUUGUGGUGUUCCACGAGGUUUUAAACGAAGACGAAAUAUAUGAAAUAAUGAUGAUGGCUCGACCGCGGUUCCGCCGUGCAACGGUCCACGAUCCGAAGACCGGUGAGCUGGUCCCCGCACACUACCGCAUCAGCAAAUCCGCGUGGCUCAAAGACGAGGAGGCGCCCGUCGUAGAGAAUUUGUCUAGAAGAAUCGCGGACUUCACCGGACUCAGCAUGACUAGCGCAGAGGAACUGCAAGUCGUCAACUACGGGAUCGGUGGCCAUUAUGAACCGCAUUUCGAUUUUGCUCGUAAACAAGAGAGUGCUUUUGAAAACUUUAGCGGCAAUCGUAUUGCAACGGUUCUAUUCUACAUGUCGGACGUGGCGCAGGGCGGCGCGACGGUGUUCACGGAGCUCGGCCUCAGCGUGUUCCCGCAGCGCGGCGCGGCCGUGUUCUGGCUCAACCUGCACCCGUCGGGGGAGGGCGACCUCGCCACCCGCCACGCCGCCUGCCCCGUGCUGCGCGGCUCCAAGUGGGUGUGUAACAAGUGGAUCCAUCAAGGAGGCCAGGAGCUGAUAAAACCCUGCGACCUGGAGUACCAGUCCGAGGGCAUAAUUCGACCACUUCCGCGACCAUUGGUGAAGAAAACCUUUAGAUAAAUGUUUACAUUCAAAUUAUUCACUUGCGAACUAGGCAGAGUAAAUAAUAAUUAUAGUAUUAGAUCAUAGUCACAAUCUUAUAUUCGAACGCGUAAACAAUAUGCGGUUUACGAAUAUAUUGUUUACUAAAAUCGUUGCAUU